AUGGACAAGAUGAAUGACUCUGUGCCGUUUUGCACUUCUCUUGACUUGUCCGACAAGUCCUCCUCCUUUGAGGGCCAGCCUGAUGCGGCGACGGACUCAGAGACUCGUGGACACACUUUGCUCGACUCUUCAACGGCACAGAUGCCACCUCCCCGGCCCAGGGCCAACCCGCCUCGGCGGGAUGUCGACCUCAGCGAGUUCCUGAGUCCCCAGGACAAGGACGAGCUCGUAUCGCUCAUCCACACUCUCACCGAGUCGAUGCUGAAGCGAAUUCUACGUUCGUUUGACCCCUCGAGCAAGGACGAUCCCUCGUUGCCAUCGCGAGUUGCCUUCUGGGGCAAGCUGCCCUCGUAUCUCAGGGACAACAACCUGUCCAGUUCAGUCAACGAGAUGCAAACCCGGAGCUCUCUCUUGGAAAAUCUGAAACCCUCUCGCUCCAAGAAGGCGGGUCGGGCGGCGAAGAAGCUGGGCCAGGCCCCCCCAAAGGCCGAUAAGAAGGCUGACAAUGCAGCUGUCAAGGAGGAGAUGCAGGCACCGCGGCUGCCAGAGCUCAAGAAGGAGGUCAUACAACACUUCAGGAAAUGGCAGAACUCGGUCCACAAACGUAUUGGCGAUAUUUCUGUGAGGAGGCCCCCCGUUGCCACGUUCCCCAGGGGACGCAACAGAAGGGGCAGAAGGGGUGAUUCAUCCAGGACCGCGGCACAAUUCUCAGCCCUGGCGCUGCGCAAUGGCGGGCCGGGCUUGGCUUUGGAAGCUGAUCCCUUGUUGGAGCAGCUCUACCCCCCGACCCCGACGACACUCGCUUCGUGGCCAGUCGAAAAGAGAUGCCUGUUGUUGCACGUCAUGAUUUUGUUGCUGAUAUCGCUCGAACACUAUUCCGCCUACACGCGCACUCUGCUCUUGAAUCUAACCUCGUCGCUUCGCUUGCCACUGCGCGUCUUUGUCAAUGACGAGGUUCGUGUCGGAGGCGCCAUGGCUCACGUUGCGAGAAUCAUCCCACCCGAAGCCCUGUUAGCGCGAAAGCAGGAAGGAAAGCCCUCUAGAAAGUGGAAAGAGGCUCUCGCGUCCAUGCCUGGCAUCGCUAUCGCUGGCCCCCGCGGUUUAGCCAUACCGCUCGCAGCCGCAGGUUUCGGGUCCAUCUUGGGCAUUACUGGAAUCAAUGUUGCAACUACCGCCUCACUUCUUGCCUCCAUGACGGAGAACGGCUUAAAGGUGGGCUCUUUCUUCGGCGUCCCAGGGGCCAGGCUCUCCUCCGGAAAGAUGAUGGAGCACUAUCUGAAGGAUGUGGCCGAUUUCGCGUUCCUACCGCUUCGUGGUUCGAUUGGCGAAAAUAUCGAACUGGGCAAGGUCGCCAACGACAGCCGCCGUCUUCGCGUGGUUCUGGGUAUUUAUGGGUGGCUGACGAACAAAUCGGACCUCGGUAGCCACUGGCGUUGCUUGGGCAGCGAGCUAGAGGCCUAUACGGUUCGCUGGGAGGUAGACACUUUGUCAAAGCUUGGUGAAUCAUUCGAGCUCAUGCUCAAAAGUGCAACGUGGGCGGCGGCUAAGAAGGAGAUCAAGGCUCGCGUCAGCAGUGAGCCUCGUUCCAUGCAUCCCAAGACUAACGGUGUGAACGCUAAUCAAAAUGGUCCAGUCUUGACGCAUUUGACCGACCGCCGCUGGCCUGCUGGCCUCCUCAAGCUUAGCAAGGUCAUUGACCACAAUUGGCAUACAGGCAUGGUCCGGGCUGAUAAGCUUGGUAUCGCCCUGGCAGACGUUCUCAUCAGCAAGGCCCAAGGUGAGCGAGGUGUUUCGCUCAUCGGUUACAGCCUCGGAGCUCGUGCCAUCUAUACAUGCUUGAUGUCCCUCUGCGAGAGACGCGCUUUCGGCUUGGUUGAAAACGCGAUCCUCAUGGGUACUCCUGCACCGUCGGAUCCGCUGGCUUGGUGUGCCAUGAAGAGUGUGGUGUCUGGCCGCUUAGUCAACGUAUACUCGGAGAACGAUUAUAUUCUCGGUUUUCUAUCCCGGAUGUGCAACAUCCAGUUCGGGCUGGCCGGCAUCCAGCGCAUCACUGGAGUGGACGGUAUCGAGAACGUGGAUGUCUCUGCUAAGGUCAGUGUUCACACGAGGUACCGGUUCCUCGCUGGCAGCAUCCUGCGGCACAUUGGCUGGGGUGACCUAAACGAAGGGGAAAUUGAUCUCGCUGAAGCCGCCAUGGCCGCUUACGAGGAGGAACAGCGGAAGCAUGAAGAGAGACGUGAGAUGAUCGAGAAUGGCGCCGUACUUACCAGCAAGGAAAACGAACAGGGUAUUAUUCGUACCCGGAUGCGUAAGAAGGGCAGGAAGUAA